CCGGUUUCGUCCUGUCAAUCUCAACCUUGACACCGUAGCACAACGUUAGCUAUGUAGGAACAACACUGUUUCAGUUCGUAGUAGCCGCAGACAGAAUGAGAUAAAAAAAUAAAAAUGGAUACGGUAACAGCGGACUCGUCCGCGGCUGAGGAGGACGACUCUUCGGACGCCGAGGUUUUAUGUUUGAAGAGAGUCGGAAGAAAUUCAGACUGGCUUCGCCUGUUGGAAAAAACCGAGAUCCGCAUCGGACGUGGACUGGACGUAACCCACCAGCUGCUGUCUCCGAGUUGUCCCCUGAUGAUCUCCAGACUGCACUGUACCAUCAAACAGAGCGAGGAUGGACAGUGGACAGUGACCGACGAAAAGAGUCUCAACGGUGUGUGGGUGAAUGGAAACCGCAUACCUGCCGAAGAAGCCCAUCAACUGAGGCUCGGAGACUCCAUACAACUGGGCGUCCCUGUGACUGGAACAGAGGUGGAGUUUGACUACAUCUUUGUCCAGCGGCCCCUCAGAGACAUCAAACACUACUUGGCAAAGGGACCUAAAGAAAGCCCGAAAGCAGCCCUCGUUUCCAAGAAGUCCAAGAGGAAGCUGCCGGCGGAGGAAGUUGAGCCGUCUACGUCCAAGCCGAAGCUCUACCGCUGCUCCUCCGCAGACAAGACCUUUGCAAAGCCCUGCCCCGUGUCGCCAGUGAAGCGGCAGCCGAGGCUCCCUCACUCUCAAGCAGAGGAAACCGGAACAAGCAGACAAGUCCAGGAAGUAGACGGGCCCUCAGAUGACUCCAACAGCCCCUGUGACUUGGAUGACUUGCAGAUCUCCCUUUGCAGGUACAGCCAGAACAUCCUGAGGUUGAGGGAGCAGGUGGACAACACCCAGAGGCAGGUAGCCUCUCUGGGGGGAGAGCCUCAGCAGGCAGACCCUCUCAGAGAGGAGCAUGUCAGGGAGCUGCAGGCUCAGCUGGAGACGCUGAGAGCCAAGAUGCACCGGAUGGAGACGUUGGAGAAGUCCUUCAGUAGAACUAAGAGGCAGCUAGAGGCACAGAAAACCAAGCAACAAGAGGAGCAUUUGAAAAAGCAGCUGGAAGAGGCCUUGCAAGAGCAAAAAAAAGUUAUAGACGAACUUGCCCAUUCUCGGGAAGGCUUUGAAGAGAUUCUCUUAGCCAAAAACAAAGAGCUGGAAUUGACAAAGGAGGAGAAAGAAAAGGCCAGGGCCCAAACGGAGGAAGUAGUUACACAAGUGACUGAAGUUUUGGAGAACGAGCUUCAGUGCAUCAUCUGCUCCGAGCUCUUCAUUGAGGCAGUCAUCCUGAGCUGUGCUCAUAGCUUCUGCAGUCAUUGCAUCAAGCAGUGGCGCAGAAAGAAGGACGAGUGUCCCAUCUGCCGACGGGCCAUCCAAUCCCAGACCCGCUGUCUGGCCCUGGACAACUGCAUCGACAGCAUGGUGAAGAACCUGAGCCUGGACAUGAAGUCGAGGCGACAGACCCUUAUUACCGAGAGGAAAGCGGUGAACUGUCCUCGACCCUCGGCUGGUGUGCUGAAGCUGCUCGCGGACUCUGCCCAGGUGAUGGUGAUCCACGAUGACGACAGCAGCGACAGCGACAGCAGCAUGGUGUCCAUAGACAGCAGCCUGAGCUCUGUGGUCUCCUUGGAAACGGACACCAGCAUCCACCUGGACUCCAGCCCGCACUACAGUGACUACUCUGAUGCGAGUCUUCAUGGGUUUGAGGAUUAGCCUUUUUCUUCAGCGGGAAUUUGACUUUUAUUUGGUGUUGUUGUUUGCACAUCGCUGGAUUGUAUUUAGAUAGAGACGUCUGGUCUCAUCAUGAGUCCCAUAGCCAGAGUUCCUUUUUGUAAAGUCUUCAGAUGUCUUUUUGUCUUUAUUUACAACAAGAGGAAUAAAGUUUUUUUCCGAAGCAC